GUUCUUUUUUCACCCUGAAUUCAUAAGGCUAGGUAGGGCUGAACCAAGUUACGAGCCAAGUCGGACAGAACCCGGGCCCACUCUACCCUUUGCCCCCCUGGCAGCGCGUGCUGUGAUGACGGUCGGAUGUUGUGGGUGGUGAAAUGGGAAAAUCUGGUCAAGCCACUUACCCGGGUCCAGCUGUUAAAUAAUCUUGUUGCACUUCGCCGUCGCUCUAGCGGAAUUCUUUUCCCACCCCAUUGGGGCAGAAGUCUGGUCCUCCGCCCCUUACUGAAUUUCCUUCGCGAAAAUGGCCACCGAUACGAAAGGGAUGGAAAAAGAGGUGUAUGCGGUGGAAAAUGAUGACAAGGCCGAAGUGGAGUCGCAGACCGAGGUGUUGAGAGCUGCUGGCAUUGGCAUCUCCGAGGAUGAUCCGACUGAGCCGGUUCUGACCCUGCGCAUGUGGGUGCUUGGGGUCGGCUUCUGUAUCGUUGCCAGUGGCCUCAACACCCUGUACACCCUCCGCAAUCCGUCCAUUACGAUCUCAGCCACCGUCGUUCUUCUUCUUGCAUACCCGUUAGGAAAGCUUUGGGAAAAGGUCAUCCCUGCUUGGAACGUGCCUCUGGGAGCGUGGAGUUUUAACCUGAACCCGGGCCCAUUCAACCAGAAGGAACAUGUAUUGAUCUAUAUGAUGUCGAAUCUGAGUAUCUACGUCCGUUUAGGCGCGGAUGUUCUCACCGAACAGCAGAAAUUCUACGGGUAUAGUGCGGGCUGGGGUUUCCAGAUGCUGAUUACAUUUGGAACCUUCCUCAUCGGAUUCUGUCUGGCUGGGUUCUUCCGUGCUCUUGUGGUGGAGCCUCGUGAGCUGGUUUGGCCUGGCGUUCUGAGCUGCACUGCUCUGACGACAACCCUGCAUCAAGUAGGCCAGGGGGACGUUCGAGGACUAAACGCAACUUGGAAGAUUUCGCGGUACGGGUUCUUCAGCCUUGCAUUCUGUAUCUCCUUCUGCUGGUACUGGUUCCCGGACUUCAUCUUCCCGGCGCUGAGCUACUUCACCUUCCCUUGUUGGAUUAAUCCCAAGAGUACGGUCGUCAAUCAGCUGUUUGGUAUGACGAGUGGCAUGGGACUGUUGCCGAUCACCUUCGAUUGGAGUCAGAUCUCGUAUGUCGGAUCCCCUCUGUUGAUCCCUUCCUGGGCCAUCAUCAACGUCUUCGCGGGUCUGGUCUUUUGGAUUUGGAUUGUGGCGGUCGCAUGCUACUAUUCCAACGUCUGGUAUACCGGUCAUCUACCCUUCCAGAGCUCGUCGGUGUACGACAACACUGGCGCCGUGUAUAAAGCAUCCAAGGUCGUCAGCGCGGCGUCUGGAUACAAGCUAGACUUGGCAAAGUACAAGGCUUACUCGCCGGUCUAUACCCCUGUCACCUACGCCCUGAACAUGUUUGGUUUGUCCUUCGCGACACUGAGCUCGCUCCUCGUGUGGACAUUCCUUGAGAAGCGCGAUGUCAUGACGGCUGCGGCUCGAAGAAUCCCCAAGCUGGUCCGCCAGUCCUUCUCCAGCGAACAAGAGGAACCGGAGAAGAUCGGCGCGCAUGCCCGUGUGCCGACGUGGUGGUAUCUCUCGACCGCCAUUGUCGCGCUCUUUGUGACUAUUUUUGCCGUGGAGUACUGGCGCGUCGAGCUGCAUUGGUAUGGCGUUCUGCUGGCGUGUGCCGUUGCCAUGGUGUUCUACGGACCGUUGGCUCUGGUGUAUGCGACCUCGAACCUGAAGAUCAACAUCGAUAUCCUAUGCCGGAUCAUCGCGGGGUUCGUCUUCGAGAACCGCAUCCUCGCCAAUAUCUGGUUCUUCGACAUCGGCUACAUCACAACCAUCAAAGGUCUCUACUUCGCCCAGGACAUGAAGCUAGGAGAUUACUGCCACGUCCCACCCCGCAAAGUCUUCUUCGUCCAAGUCGUCGGCAUGAUCGCCGGCACGCUCAGCUCCGUCUGCGUCCUGAACUGGGGCCUCGGCCACAUCGAAGGCGUGUGCACAACAACCGGGGUCAACGGCUUCACCUGCCCCUACUCGCGCACGCACUUCAACACCAGUCUGAUCUGGGGCGCCAUCGGCCCGCGCAAUUUCUUUAAUAAUGGCAUCGGCUACAACCGCCUCCUGUACUUCUUCAUCAUCGGCGCCAUCCUCCCGAUCCCCGUGUACUACCUCCAGCGCCGCUACCCCAACUCCCUGUGGCGCCGGGUCCACGUUCCACUGUUCCUGGGCGGGCUGAACUACCUCCCGCCCGCGACCGGCACUAACUACGGCAGCUGGGCGGUCGUCGGGCUGACCUUCGGCGUGCUCAUCCGCAAGCGCCUUUACCAGUGGUGGUACAAGUAUAACUUUGUGCUCAGCUCGGCGCUGGAUUCGUCGGUCUCGAUCGCCGGGGUGGUCAUCUUCUUUGCUAUCUUCUACAGUGGGGCGUCGGCGCAUUUUAGUUGGUGGGGAACGGAGGUGUAUAAGGAUACGUGUGAUUAUAAGGGGUGUGCGUAUUUGCCGAUUCCAGAGGGCGGGAAGUUUGGAGUUGGGGUGUAAUGUUCCGGAAAAGGGGUGGGGAUGGGUUGAUAGGGAAAAGAUGUGAGAUGCAUCUUGUUCAUGCCAGCGUUUGUGCGUGUGGAAGCGUGUUUGUGCUGCGUUUGCUUGACCUUUGUUGUUCGAGAUGCACGCUCUGCAAAUAUCGUGGAGGUAUGAGCAAUGGCAAACGCUUUGUUAUGUAAUGCUAUAAUACAUUUGUUGAUGCGAGCAUGAUCCCAAGGAAGGGAAUCGGUUUUGUUCUCCGAUUCAUCUCGAAAGAUAGACACCAAGCCUUGGUAGUGACUAGAUCUAUGGGCAACAAUUAACUGCAGUCUUGAGCUGACCGGAU